GCGUCUAAACAAGAUAGAGGGUUCAACAAGAACCACUAGGUUAACCUUGUCUUGAAAACGAGACAGAGAAUCUGAUGAGAUCAAAAGAACCAGUUAAGUAAUGAUAACGCACUCUGUCUCCUCUCCACCGUUUGAAUCUAUUGAACAACCGAAGUAGUAGAUAUCAGUGUCAUAGCUGCUGGGUGACUAGAUCGGCUGCAGCGACAGUUUGUAUAUCCACAGCGGCGUUUGGGGCCAUAGCAGCCACGAUUAUGGCUCCAGUGUCCGUAGCUUCUGCAGAGAUUCUUCCUCCUCCUCCGCAAGACGGUGAGACCCUAUCGAAUGUACCGCAAAUGUUAUCAGGUGAAGACAGCAAGAAACAGAGGAUACAACGACCAAAUCCAACAACGCAGAGAAGUGCACCGUUAAAUGCGUCAGCAUUUGUAUUCGCAGUGGAGAUGGAGAAGGACCGCUCAAUAUCAGAAGGCCAUUUGUGGUAUUCGAACAAGGAUUUCGUAGCUGUAAUUACUGCUUAGUGGAAUGUUCGGACAUUUGCAACUUGAUAGGAGAUGGUGACUACGGACCUUGAAAUGUUACUUCCACACCACAAACAAAAGAAGGUUUGUAAGAAGAAACAGUGGAGAAAGGAACUGAUGUAUAUUCAGAUUUUUUUUGUGGAGUCUGAUAAAAUUACAUAUUAAUUCAUUUUAAACACGUUUAUAAACUCGAUUUAAAUGAAACAUUUAUAAGCUUAACCAAAGAUAUUGUUGUCAAUGUGUCAUGAAGGGUCAUCACAGGUAUUGGUGUCUUGGUGGUGAUCAUAUAGCUCUAGAUUGCCAAUAAAAGGGAAAAUGUCAAGACUGUAAAAAAACUUGGUCAUCUAGCUUGAGAUUGCCAAGAACAAGGAACAUGUUAGAGCUGUGGAAAAGUCAGCCAUAUAGCUCAAGUUUGCCGAGAACAAGGAACAUGUUACAGCUGUGGAAAAGUCGGCCAUAUAGCUGGAGAUUGCCAGAAAAUGGUUUGACCAAUAUACCAUUAUUGAAAGGAUAAGUAAAUAUAUAGAAGAGAAAUAAUGUGGCUACCAAAAGCAAAUAACGGAGGAAAGAAAGAUACAGGAAAAGGUUCAGUAGCAGUUGCAAUAGACAAAGACAAAGGAAGCCAACAUGCUCUUAAAUGGACCAUCGAAAAUCUUGCUUCUCGUGGCCAAACCAUCUCUCUCAUUCAUGUCCUCUCCAAAUCACAUUCUUCUUCUUCUUCAGAUAUUGCAGAAGCAACACCACAGCAGAAGCAGGAAUCAGAGAAGUUAGCUCAAGAUCUCUUCGUGUCCUUCCACUGUUACUGUUCCCGUAAAGAGAUAAACUGUCAAGACAUAUUACUUGAAGACAUAGACAAAGUGAGAGCCAUUACCGAAUAUGUUUCAUCUUUCGCAAUAGAAAACCUAGUCGUUGGAGCUGCAUCACGUAAUGGCUUCAUGAGACGAUUCAAAACGGAUUUGCCAACAACAGUAUCAAAGCAAGCUCCAGAUUUCUGCAAUGUUUAUGUCAUUUCAAAAGGCAAGAUUGCUUCAGUAAGAAAUGCAUCUCGUCCUGCUCCUUAUAAAAGUUCAAAGCAGCUCUCUGAGUUUGACAAUCAACACCCUACCACUCCUGAGCAAGCACCAAAACACCAUGAUCAUAGCCAUUCUGCAGGUAGUACGCCAUCCAGGCCUCGUCGAUCAGUUGAAUAUGAUUCUAUACGAUCACCGCUAGUGAGACGACAAGGCAAACAAUAUGGAGACUUAUAUGAUUCAGAUAGCGACCUUUCAUUCAUUAGUCCAUCUUCACAUAGAGACUCUCAUGACAUUUCCUUCAUCAGCUCAGGGAGACCAAGCGUUGACCGCUCUUCCUUCACUCACGAUUUUCCUGAAUCUGGAAGGAGUUCAAGAAUGUCAACAAGCUCAGAGUUUAAGUUCAGUGAUCCUAGUUUCCCUAAUGAAUCAUCUACAUUCUCUGAAGAGAGUGGUGGAACAUCUUCAUAUUCAUCUCAAGGCGUGGAUGAUAUUGAAGCUGAAAUGAAGAGGCUGCGUCUAGAGCUCAAACAAACCAUGGAUAUGUAUAGUACAGCCUGCAAAGAAGCUUUAAGUGCUAGACAACAGGCAUCGGCCCUGCAAAAGCUCAGAACUGAGGAGGAAAGAAGGUUAGAAGAAGCAAAGAGUUCAGAGGAAGCAGCAAUGUCAAUAGUGGAAAAGGAGAGAGCUAAAGCCAAAGCAGCCUUGGAAGCUGCAGAAGCUGCAAAGAGAUUAGCAGAAGUGGAAGCUAAGAGAAGAGUAACUGUAGAAAUGACGGCUUUGAAAGAAUCAGAUUCAUUCUCUCAUGGAUUUGUUCGGUAUAGGAAAUACACUGUUGAAGAAAUAGAAGAAGCCACUUCAAAUUUUGACGAGUCUAAAAAAGUUGGAGAAGGAGGCUAUGGUCCUGUCUUUAGAGGCUAUCUUGAUCACACAAGUGUUGCUGUUAAAGUUCUACGCCCUGAUGCAGCUCAAGGAAGAUCACAGUUUCAAAAAGAGGUUGAAGUGUUGAGCUGCAUAAGGCAUCCUAACAUGGUGCUUCUUCUUGGAGCUUGUCCCGAAUUUGGGAUCCUUGUUUAUGAAUACAUGGCAAAAGGAAGCUUAGAGGACAGACUUUUCAUGCAAGGCAACACACCGCCUAUUACUUGGCAGCUACGUUUCAGAAUCGCUGCUGAGAUAGCUACAGGACUACUCUUCCUCCAUCAGACCAAACCUGAACCAAUUGUCCACAGAGACCUUAAACCAGCAAACGUGCUCUUAGACUACAACUACGUCAGCAAGAUCAGUGAUGUAGGGCUAGCUAGAUUAGUCCCUGCAGUAGCAGAGAACGUUACACAGUACCGAGUUACUUCAGCUGCAGGAACAUUCUGUUACAUUGAUCCUGAGUAUCAACAGACAGGAAUGUUAGGCGUGAAAUCAGAUGUUUAUUCACUAGGGAUCAUGCUGCUGCAGAUCUUGACAGGGAAACAGCCAAUGGGUUUGACUUAUUACGUUGAACAAGCGAUAGAGGAAGGGAGACUUAAGGAUAUGCUUGAUCCAGCAGUACCGGAUUGGCCUAUGGAAGAAGCUAUGUCGUUAGCUAAGCUUUCACUUCAAUGUGCAGAGUUAAGAAGGAAAGAUAGACCUGAUCUUGGGAAAGAGAUAUUGCCUGAGCUUAAUAGGUUAAGAGAUAUUGGUGAAGAGAGUCUAGGGAAUGUGUUUAAUGCAGGAAGGCACGGGAACUCUGCUAACACUAGCCAAGUCUCCAUCUCAUCAUCUAGUGAUCCUUUUGUAACGAGUUCAGAAUCUCUACCUGAAGAAUCUCAAUCCUAGUUUUGGGAUCAUCUUGUUGAGAUUAAACGCUAAAGAUUUGCAGGAAUUAAAACAAAGACGGCAAGUUUCUUUGAUGUUCAUCAGAAGCUUGAAGAAGAAGUUAGGGUAGAGCCUAGAGAAUCUGUUAUAGUAUGGAUAUUGUAAUGGCUUAUAAUAAGACCCAUCAAGGGUAUAAACCCAUAAUCUGUAAGAUUGGCCACACUAAUGUAUUAAAACAAUGACAUUACUUAAAUGGAAUACAAUAUAUUUAUCAGUAAACAAAAGCAGACAUGAAACUAAUAUAUCCUAAUCUUCGGAACUGUUUCUUGCCUGAAAUAGAGAGAACUGUAACUCUCAGAAAA